GAGUCAGUUGUGGAUGGCCCACUGUCUGCUACGAAUCUCAACUAAAACUAGAAGCUAGAAGGCAAAUAGUUAAGCAACCACGAUGGUUAACCUGGUUCUAUAUGGCACCGAGUCCAGUCCGCCGGUGCGAGCCGUUCUGCUGACCCUUCGUUCCCUCCAGCUGGAGCAUGAGUUCCGCACGCUGGACAUCCAGGCCGGCGAUCAUCUGAAGCCGGAUAUGUUGCGCAAGAAUCCGCAGCACACGGUGCCCAUGCUGGAGGAUGGUGAGUCGUGCAUUUGGGACUCGCACGCCAUCAUCGGCUAUCUGGUGAACAAGUACGCCCAGUCGGAUGAGCUCUAUCCAAAGGAUCCGCUGCAGCGUGCUGUCGUGGAUCAGCGACUGCAUUUCGAGACCGGUGUCCUCUUCCACGGCAUCUUCAAGCAACUGCAGCGAGCUCUGUUCAAGGAGAAUGCCACGGAGGUGCCCAAGGAUCGCUUGGCCGAACUGAAGGAUGCCUACGCUUUGUUGGAGCAGUUUCUGGCGGAGAAUCCCUAUGUGGCCGGUCCUCAGCUGACCAUCGCCGACUUCAGCAUUGUGGCCACCGUCAGCACUCUGCAUCUGAGCUACUGUCCCGUGGAUGCCGCCAAAUACCCCAAGUUAUCCGCCUGGCUGGCACGCCUCUCCGCAUUGCCCUUCUAUGAGCAGGACAACCUGCGAGGAGCCCGCUUGCUGGCCGAGAGGAUUCGCGCCAAGUUGCCCAAGCAGUUUGACAAGCUGUGGCAAAAGGCCUUCGAGGACAUCAAGAGUGGAGCUGGAAAGCAGUGAUGCGGAAUCCAUGUGCGAGCAUUCCCUAAAGUCAAAUUGUAUGUAAAAGAUGGAAAUCAAUGUAGUAAGAACGUUCGCAGCUGGCACAAUGAUUAAAAAUGUAUUACCUUAUCACUUUUAUUUGUAUAAUCAUUUGUUGUCAAUAGACACACAAACUUUUUCCCAGUGUCUAGGCUCACUAUAUGUAUUGUGUGGAGAUAACUUAAGACUUUGUAGCCAUUUUAAGUGCAGUUGAAAGUGUUCUUCCACCGGUAAAUGUCCUCCAGUGCGCACUUUUUUAAGGUU